AUGGAGAAACAAUAAAAUUAAAUUGAGUGGUGAUGGUACUAACAUUGGAAAGCAGAUGAGUGUUGUGAACAUAACCUUUACAAUUCUUAAUGAGAAGAAGAUAGCUAUGAGUGAAAAAGGUAACUAUAUCUUAGCAGUAAUUAAGACAAGUGAAAGUUACGACACCUUGGCUGAAAGUCUGGCUGAUAUAAUAACCAAAAUGCAAGAUCUACAGAAGAUAUCAGUUGAUGAUAAAACAUUUGAUUUUGAAUAUUUCCUUGGUGGUGACUGGAAAUUCCUGGCUUGUGUGUGUGGAGUAGGUGCUGCCAAUGCUAACCAUGCAUGUAUAUGGUGCAAGUGUGCAAAUCUGGACAGAUGCGACACUAGUAAACACUGGUCAAUUCUGGAUCCCGGACAUGGAGCACAUACAUUAAAUGAAAUUCUAAAAAAUGCUGGAUCUAAGAAAUUUAAUUUCAAGUCUAAACCACUCUUCAUGUUUGUUCCUUUAAGUCAUGUAGUGAUUGAUACCCUUCACCUGUUCCUGAGAAUUUCAGAUAAUUAACCUGCUGAUAAGGGAACUCAAAUUUCAUGACUCAAUUGAAAAGAGGACCAAGUUUUCUGAUGGAUUUAACUGGGGAAAAUUUAGGCAUAUGGCUCAGUACGAGACCUAUUUGCAAGAAUUGGGCAUUCCUUUUCAUUGGUAUGUUGGCAAGGAAAGCAAACAGCAGGGACGGAAAAAAUAUUUUGCUUUCUCGGACCGCAAGAGAACAUUGAAAAUUUUCGGCAAAUAAUCAAGUAUCUUGACACUCGGACUGUAACUGUGUGAUGUUGUCAAACUGAAGUUUUGAAUUUUAGAUGUCUGGAAUGGCUAUUUUCUGCAAUUUCACAGAUAUAUCCAAAGGGAACAACAAAAUUUGUGUGGUUAGGGAAGCCUCACAUAUCGAUUUUGUCAAUGAGAAAUGUCAAGGAGACCUUACCACCACACCACCCCCUAGAAAUGUCAUACAUAGUUAUCGAUAUUUUGUUCUUAUAGUACACAUAAGGUAGUUUUCUACUAUUUUCUACGGUCAGCUAUUGGCAAUGCUUUGGCCAGGAAUAUGUUAUCUUUCUGCUGACAUAUGGUGUUUAUAUUAAUACACAUGAACUCUCAAAAUGCUUGUCAAAGCAGAAAACUCCCACGAACAUAUGAUGUUUCAUGGGUACAAAAUCGAUAUGUGAGGUUUCCCUUAGAGGAAGAUUAGAAAAAGUUUGUAACUUUUCGAAAUCGUAUUUCCGUGCAUUUUAAUUAUAUUUCACUAUAUAUUUUUCAACUUAACUGAAAUUUAGCUCAAUAUAAUCAAGUGGCAAAACUGGAAAAUAUCAUGUAUACAAUUCAAUACACUUCUUUAAUAUGAUCUUUCACUUUGAAUUGCAUAAGGUCAACAAUUGUUCUAGUGUACUGUUGAAUACCAAGAUUUUGUUAGCAUCAGUGAUUUCACUCAAUUGAAUAAUAGUUGAAGGUUCUUGUAGAUGCGAAUUAUCGAGUGGAAAUUUAUAUACAUUUAUUAAACCUAACCAGGAACAAUUGUGAAAAACGCAACUAUGGCCCUGCGAUUCUGGUGCAGUGCUCUAACAAACUCGGAUUUUACACUAUAUAAAGCUACACCUAGCAUUCUGUUAUCUACAAUAGCGUUACCGGUAUCAACUACGGACCACAGACCACUAUGCUUGGCAUAUUAUUAAUAAAAUUGCUGUGGCUUACUGAUACACAUUGUAAGUCUAAAUUGGUAUAUAAUUUUUGUACUCUAUAAAAGCGCUCCUGUUUCAAUGCAUAAAGCAGACAAAGAACUCAUGAUCUGGCAGUAAAUAAUAUGCUCAUAAUUUAUAUCGCAGAAAGACGCUAGAAAAGAUAUACAACUUUAACUCCUGCUUUCUUGAAAUAGCAAGAGUUCGACUUUGGAAAACAGCCGUUUUGAGCAUGCACAGGGCUAAUUAUCCAAUCAGAAACCAGGAUUUCUUGUACUAAAUAUUGUAGCAACUCCUGCCUUUGGCAGAUAGCAGAAGUGACACACAUCGCAUGUAAAUCAAUGUAUUACCUGGAAAUGAGCUGUUGCAGAGUUGCAGUUGCUAGGUAACAGGGCUGUAAAAUUGUGUAAAUGCUUAUAAUAGAAAGCAGAAAAUAAAAAUAUUGAAUAAGAUUAGAAAAAUUACAAUGACUUUCUAAAAGUUCAAGAUGACAAGAUUGGACACUUUGAAAGAUUGGACAGUUUGAAACGUGGACAAUCAUUUCUCUGUUUUGUGGAAAGUUUUGGUCCUGCCUAUGCCACUGAUGAAGGGUCUGAUCGUACGGUGAAUAAAGUUGCUAAAAAGACCGUACUAGGGGACACUACCAAGGGGGAUCCAUGCUCCCCAGAAAAUUUUGAAAAUUAGCUGUUCCAGAUUGGCAAAAAAUGCAUUUGCCUUACAAUAUUUGUUACAUUAUUCUACAGUUUAUACAUUUACACACUAUUGCACUAUUAAGAUGGAUGCACUCAUAAUUGCAUUUCUGAGGUCAUACCUACAGUACAGGUAGCAUUCUUUCUAUUGAUUAGAAUUUUUCUUCCGAAUUUCUCCUUUUUUCUAUUAAAUUUUUACAAUUAUCUUUUUUUCUUUCUUGGGGAAAUAUUUUCUGGGAACUCAAAAUUUUCUGGGACCAAUGGUCCCAUGGUCCGAUACUUUUUCCACCCCUGGCAAACAGUUCGAGUUUAGGGACUUAACUGGGCCCAAAAAAGUCAAGCUAUUCCAACACAUCAACAUAUCCUCAUUGUUGCCAAAUUCAGACAACCAUAAAACCAUACAGAAAUUUGGGAUGGGUUUUGGAAUAUCACCCAGGACCUAAAACUAGAUUUUAACCAUGAAGAUGUGGAAUGCUUUAAAGGCAAGGAUACUUCUUGGCUUGAACUGUUUAUCAAGCAAAAGAUGUUACCCCUUACAUGCAUGCACUUUAUGCGCAAUACUUCACUCAGCAAGGAAUGGAAAAAUAUAAUGAUGUCACCUCAAAAAACUUCUUCCGAUCAAGUAAUCACACAGGAGUUUCAGCACGUCAACAAUUUUUUUUAUGAAAAGAGCCGAGUCCAGUAUUUGGAGCAAGCUGGUUGUGCUAGGAUUAAGAAGAAAUACAAAUGCUCUAACUGUGAUAAAGAAGGUCACACAAUAAAACAUGCACUGCUAAAUGUAAAAAUUGUAGUGUAACUUGCUGUGCACACCUUAUAAAACAUAAUGGUAGAUAUCACCCUAAGUGUACCUUGUCUGAAGCACCAUCAGUACCUGUAUCGUGUGGUAAUAAUACAUGUUGCUUUUGUUUGAUUUCUAGGGUUCUGAGGGUUUACAAGAAUGUGAUUAUAAAUAUAUACUAUUCAAAGCAUAUAGUUUAUAAUAAAAUUAUUGUGGUACUAGUGUGGAAAGUUUGUAUCGUGCGGCGGAUAUCUCCGGCACGCAAUUUUGAUGCUUUCUAUAUAUUUACUAUUAAAUUUUCGAAAUCUCCGGUGCGCAAUUUCCAAAUCAUCCUCCUUGCUCAUAUUGUAUUAUGUUCCCAGUACCACGUACAAAAGUGAACACUACCAUGCAACACCCUUCAAUUUCAGAUUUCCCCCCAAUUAGUUUAUACUCCACAAUGGUUGAUUUCUUUGUUAGCCGAUAAUUAACAGUUCCUUCGGCUAUGUAACAGAAAUCCCCUCGAAUAUUUACAAUCCGCUCCUCCCAUUUCAGGCCAGGAACAUUGUCAAGCAUACGGUUUUUCGGGAUAACAUCCACCAGUUUACCCUUUUCCCAUUUGCCAUCCACAACAUUGCCCAGCACGUCGUUAAACAUGUCUUCCAGGACAUCUACUUCUACGCGUACAUCCGGAUCGUGUUUUCUCCCAGAGUUUAAAGUUCUCUUUAUGCCAUGAUAGAGCAAAUCUUUAAAAUUAUUUACUCUGUCAAAAAGAGAAUCCUCGCUCAAAACAUGUGGUGUUUCAUGCUGAAUGAAAGGGAAAUAAUCUCCAUCUUGAUCAUAUGGUCACCACUCAUCAAACCUCGAGUCAUAGCCCUUGAAGUGUAUUCGAACCAUUUUUCACUCCCGGUCAACUUCACAUACCUCAAUAUCAUAAAGUUUGUUGUCCUUUCUUGUUUUUUUUUUACUUAUUUACAGACAAAAAGCCAUCAGUAGCAACCAAUUCGUCAACAAAUCGCCGAGGUCGCUUUAAAGUUUGCUUCGGCCUCAACACCAUCUUUGUUUAUGACUGCGCGAUUUGGCUCUCAAAGGGGAUUAGACCCAACUUAAGGCAAAUGUCCCAAUUAGUAUUACAAGAGUUCGAUAUGAAAAGCAUGUGAGCGAGGAUGAGAAACUAAUAUAUGCUGCAGAUACUGACUGAACUUGUAGACUAAAUCCAUUAACUGUAGCAAGAUGUUGUGUGAUUGGUUGAUUAUGACAAUGACAAAAGAAUAAGCUAUAGAAUGGAUUUUCUAAAGAAUGAAGCAAGAACAAUAUUGCUUUUGUUUAUGUAAGCCAUUACAUCUUUGUCAUUGUCAUAGUCAAACAGUCACAGAACGUGUUUACUGAGAAUAUAAAAUAAAUUCAAAAUAAUGAUUAAAAUAGAUAUUUGAUAUUUAUAAGACGAUUUUUGUAAACAAUAAAUUUUGAAUUAUGGAAGUAAUUGGGCCUACUCAUUGUGAAGUAGUCUUUUGUGCAAUAUAGUCAGCCUAGCUUUUAUGCAGGUCACUACUUUAUAUUAGAGCAAAAGAAUAGUUUCAGCCGUGUCGGGGUAGGGUAUAUUUUGAGUUAGGGAUAGUGUGUCAUAUUUAGCAUUUUUUAUUGUUAUUAUUGUGAGAAUGGUCGAUAAAGUGCCAUCAAAUUUAACAAGGUUCCAAAUGAGGCCAGUUGUGCCUGGGAACCCAAUCUCAUAAAUUUUCCAAUUUUAGGCAACCAGAAAGCGUAAACUAGGAUGCCCUGAUAUAGGUCACAAAAUCGGUAGUCAGUUUGUGUUGUGUAUGUGUAUUCUAUAUUAUCGCGCUUAAUUUCGAAAUAUUCUGCUAGUUUAAUACCGUAUGUAAAGCUGUUUCCGUAUUAUAUUAAUAAUCUCUGUUUUAGGAAUGUUUUUAUUCUGUCAACAUGUCUAGAUUUAGAUUAAAACAACGUCACUACGGGCGAUUGGUAUUUUGGAGUCUGGGAACAUCCUAGUUUUUGACGACAACAGCCUAGUUUUUUUUCCAAAUAAGGUAAUUCUAGGACGUUCUCAGACCCCCGCGCACAAAAAACUAGGACGUUCCCAGUCUUCUUCACCUUCUCACGCCCAGAAAACUAGGCAGUUUGCAUUUAUAUAACUACAAUAAGUGAUAUCAAAUUACAUUUGUGCAAAUCUGUCGCAAUAACAUUGGUGUAAACAGAAAAAAAAGCACAAAAUACAUUAUAUUCCUUGUAUUCAGUACAGCUACCAAUAGUACAAUGUACUGAAUAUUGGUUAUUACGCUUAUCACUCAUUUAUUGAGGCAAUGAUUAUCUACGUAAAUAACGCAAUGACGAAUUGUGAUUCAUGUUUGGCAUACAUUACAUUGUAAUUUUUAAGAGAUAGUCAUCAACUAAAUUGGAUUCUUUGGUGUUGUUUUAAAGCUGUUGUUAGUCUAAUAAUGUGGACAUAGGCAUGGUCUUGUUUUUUUAGUUUGAGUACUAAAACUAGUUAACUAGAGUUUUUAUUAUAUAAACCAACAUCUACAUAUAGACUCUAUAUAUGAAUUGUAAAAGUAUAUCACACUCAUCUCAAAGCUGCACUUGACCUUUAAAACGGUAACUUUAUAACGUCACAGUAUUUAUGGUCACCACUUUUCCCGAUGCUUUGCUAACAUGCAAAUUGUCUAGUAUUGAUUUUCAAAAGAACUUAGAACGGCAAUUUUAUAAAGACAUUACCAAUACCAGAAAUGCUAAAAUUGUGUGUAUUGUAAUUGUAUUGCAAUUGUCACUAAUUAUAAUGUUUUUAUAGUGCAGUCAUGCCAAUUUCCAUCAGUACUGGUAUCAAAACCUGUAAAAUGGACUAUACUUUACAGCCAUAUAUUACUAAAUACAUAUCAAAACAUGUAUCAUUAAUUCAUUUGCGCUAAGCUUAUAAGCCUCUUGCAAAAAAAGUUUUAGGGGGGGGGGUACUUGAAAAUUGGGCUAUUAAUUUUUUUAAUACUGAACCCCAGGCACAAGCAAAAUGCCAUUUGGAACCCUGAAUUUAAUGAUAACCAUAAUCAGUUUUAUUCUUCUUGACAAUGCUAAACAACUGUUCCUCUUCAGCAUUACUAUGAGGAAGGAUAACAACUACUUCAGCAACAUGAAAAAGAUAUAUAAAAUGCAGAGUGUUUGUACCAGAAAGUUUCAAGUUGGCAAUGUGCCACCACAACGCAUGUACCCUAUAAUGUGGUGGAGAUCCAUCCUCUUCAGCCUCGCUUUCAAUUGCUUUUGCUUCUUCCCAUGGAGCCUUGCCAAUGUCAUUAUCAGUUAAGGUUUGAUAACCAGAAAAUUCAUCAAAGAGUGCAUCAUGUGGUAUGUCGAUUAGAAGAUUUGAAAACCUUUCCAGAAAGUAUUCUACACUUUCCAACAGCUGGAAAAUUUGUUGAGCAUGCGCCAGUUUCCAUUUAAACUUGAAAUUUUCUCCCAAUUUCUCAAAUGAGAUGCUCGUGGUUGUUGUAUAUUUGUGAAUGCUUGUUUAAUCUUUAUAAUUUUUUUUGCUUGAGACAAAGACAAAGUAAAAUGUACUCUAUGCUUCCAGUGUAUAGAACAUCUUGUUUGAACAGCAAUAGAAUAUUAUAAUCUCGACACAAACAAGAAGACUUUUGUCAUGCUAAAUCUGCAGAGGUAAAGCCAAUCGUCGCGAGCUUGACAGCCUUGUCAAACACAAAACAAGUGCAAAUUUGGGUUCAAACAGAAAGACGUUCAAUGUUAACAUGACUAACAUAUAUAUAUUAUACUAAUACGGGUGGUUUAAAAUGUUUUUAAUUGAAUUUUCAAAGCUUUUAUCUAUUGAUAUGAUAAUCAAACUGUGAAAAUGCCACUUUUGUCGACCCUUGCGAAUCAGCAAAUAACUUCCCGUAAACAGAGCAUUUCUACGCAAAAUUCUCGCUUUAGUCUAGAGAUGAACUUGUAUGUUCGGUUCUACUAGUUAAACAAGAAAAAUGUCCAAGAAACACUGGUAAAUUAUCGUUGUCAAAAAAAAUCAUUUCAUUGCUUGAAUUCAGUCCUGAGCCUAGGUCAUAUUCAAGGGCAAGGUCAAGUUGUUGAUUUCAUUACAUUUUACAGUAGUUCUAAUUUUUCGAACAAGAACUUCAUACAAGAGCAGUAAACGCACACAUUUCAAAGGGAAAUUAGAUGCAAAGGGGCAAUUUUUCAACAAAAUUUGUUGUUAAAUUCUGUUUCCUAUGUGCCUUGAGACAAAAAAAAAUGAUUUUGAAUUUGGUGGAAUCAGUAAAUUUUUUUGCAAUUUGGCCUGGUAUUGCACCCUACAUAUGUACUGACUGUGAUGCAAAAGUAAUCUAAUAUACUAUUUUUAAUUUCUCUUCAUUGAAAGGAACUACUAUUGUGGACUAAUCUUAAUCAGCAUACAAGGCUACAAACAACAGCCAAGUAUUAGGUAGGUAGUUUGCAAACUUUAAAAAUCAUUGGACCUCAAACUUUAAUCUCCAAAAGUAAACAAAUAGCCAAUACUGCGAACAUAAUCCAAGUUUUGAUCACAAGGGGCAAUUUUUAGAUGUAAAAAAGCUUGUUUAAAUUAUAUCAAACAAAGGCAAAACACAUUUCCUAUCUGCCCACGCUUCUAUACCCCCUCUCCCAGGAUAUUCUAUCUCAAAAACAGUUUUCUGCAGAAACUAUGCCUUUUUUAUGGGUAAAUUUUUCAAAAAAUACAUUAUAAACACAAAAAACCUAAAUAUUUAAAUAAUUUUCAUACCUUUUUUUUUGGGAUUGCAAAAUUUGAUUCAUUAUCCCACUUUUUAAAAUAUAUGUGACAAAGUUGCUUCGAAAUCACCAUCACACAGUAGCAUGUUUAUUUACCCUCAUCCUUUUGACUGAAUAGAGUUUAUCUUUUUGAAAAGCUAUUUGUUUUAUAGCUCUUAGUUACCGGUUUAUGUUUAUAUCGAUUUUGGCACCCACAAGACCAACAAGUUGUGGUAAUCUGCAAAUGAAAAUGGACAUUCGAAGAGCACAAAAGCCAACUCCUAGCUAUGUAACUUUAUCAUGUGAAUUUUGAAUCAAUCCACAAUUAAAAUGCUGAUAAUGUAGAUGCUUUCCAUACUUGAGAUGUUAGUGAAGUUUUUCCUACAAUUUAAUUUCCUUGAUCGCAGUCUUAAAAUGCAAAAUCAUAAGUUGAAAUUUCACUCGUGUUCUUUUUUCGAAUUUUUGUGAAAUAUCACGUGCGCCAGCAAUUUCUCUGCACAGCGACAACAAAUUUCCCAGCUGCUACACUUUCCCAUUUGCUUUCAAUUCUCUUUGACACAUCAAUGAUCAAUCCCAUAGAUAUCUUAUAUACACUAGAUAGUGCAUGUCUUUUAGUAAAAUUGAAGCCAAGAAUAUUCCAGCGGUUACCCGGCAGGUACAAAACGCAGGUUGCAGGUUGCAGGUUGGAAUUUUGCAGGUUGCAAAUUUUGCAGGUUGGGGAUUUUGCAGGUUGGCAGGAACUUUGCAGGUUGAUAAUGCAAACUUAAAAUUACACCACUUUUUCAGUAUUCUAGUAUAAUUUAGUUGUGCAUUUAUUGCAGUCUGACUCCUUGUCGGCGCCUCUGCUCUAAGGCUAGUGGCCAUCACCCCAGUGAAAACAUUCAAAAUGACCAGAUUGGCUUGGACCUACAGGGAGACGAAUGCAGGGGCGUAGGAACCGGGGAUGGCCAGGCCCCCCAAGUUUUGCCAAGUGCCCUUUUUCCGGGAGCAAAGUGCCCUUUUUUUGUGUUAAAAAUGUUUUAAGGAUUGCCUUUUUUUCAUUUCCGAAAAAUUUUUUGGUAUUUCCAGAACAUUUUUUUCAUAUUUAGGAAAAUUGGAUAUAUCCGGAAAAAAAUAUUUUUAGAUGCCCUUUUUUAUUCGUCAAGUGCCCCUCAAAGCCUGGCACCCCCCCCCCCAACUUUUAGAAGCUUCCUACGCCCCUGGACGAAUGUUUUGAUUGUUGCGAGGUGCCUACAUGAUGUCGUGGUGUUUAUACUAGAAUGUUGUUAAAAGUUAACUAACUCUCGAGUAAUGAUACGGUAAUUGGGGGCUUGAGUGGUCUCAUAAGUUGGUGCAGAGGAGAAACACCUCAUUCAGGCAUUUUCUGAACUGCCACCACGUCAUGUCGGCUCCUCGCAAAAAUCGAAACAUUCGUUCCCCUGAAGAUCCAAGCCAAUCUGGUCAUUUUGAAUGUUUUCACAAGGGUGAUGAGCAGAGGCUAGAAACAUGGUAGCAGGAUAGGCUGAUAUCAAAAGUGGCGACAAGGAGUCAGACUGCAAUAAGUACACAAUAAAAUUAUACUAGCAUACUUUAUAGUAGUGUAAUUUUCAGUUUGCAUCAUCAACCUGCAAAAUUCCUGUCAACCUGCAAAAUUCCAACCUGCAAAAUCCCCAACCUGCAAAAUUCCAACCUGCAAAAUUCCCAACCUGCAAAAUUCCAACCUGCAACCUGCGUUUUGUACCUGCCGAGCGGUUACCCCCAUUUGAAUAGAUGGCGGCCAUGUUGGAGUUUCCCACUCGCUAAGAAACGCUUAAUGAAUAGUUUGAAAAUGUAUUUGGAAUAGGUUUAAGUUAAUGUUUAAGUUCCCUGUUUAAAAAUAGAAAACAUACGAGUCUUCUCAUUUCAUGGGAAUAUCCUGAGUCUGCAAUCACAACUUCAAUUUUUGAAUUGCAGAAUAAUUAGAUGCACUAUCCAGUGUAAAUAAGACAUCUAUGAUCAAUCGACCUUGCAUUUGCAAGUAGCUCAUUAUUCAAAGGAAAUUUCUGUUGUAUGUACAUGAGUGCAAUUAUUUAUAAGUAGCAAUAAGCAGCAUCAAAAAUCUUGUCAUAUCUCACCAUAUGUCACCAUCAUUUAAAUGCUUAAUAGGGUUUUCUUGGUCAGUCCACCCAUAAAAAUUUGACUCUUUGGCUUAAAUAUUUCAUCAUCCUCCAGGUUAAUUUCAGUCACAGCUUGAUCUCUUACAACAAUAUUACAUUAGAAGAGAUAUUCAUAUGAUGUAUAUUCGGUAUAAAUACAUUAAAAAGUUUUAAAUUAUGAUGUUGAAAUUGUGCACGGUAGCAUAACACGGUAGCCAAAGUAGCAUAAGCUUUCGAGUUGGCCACCAAUAAAGUUAGUACUGUAGUAAUAAAGUUAGUACUGUAGGCUUAUUCACUUACUAAAUAAAUAUUGGUUACAAAAUUAAUCAAAGUAGAGUACUUACAGUUGUCCUCUAAUCACUUUCUUCACACGCUUCAAAAUUCUCGCUGACCUGAUUCUGUUCCUGCACCACAUCUCUUCCUAGCCUCGUCCGGGUUGAGCAUAGCAUUUUGUAAAAAUUGUGAAUUGUUGGCUCUUCACAUUGUAACAAUUUAAAAUUUGUAAAAAGCUGUUUAGAAGCACUGUGAAACAAAAGGACUGGCUCCAAAAUUGGGUUGGAAAAUGGAGCAUGAAGUCUUUGAAAGCAUGCAUCAGCAAAAUGUUCUGAUUCAAAGUAUGAUUUGAGACUGGUAAAUUUCUUCAAAACUCGAUCCACACAUCUUUCCAAUGACAACCAACUAACUGAUGAAAUAUGUUUGAAGACUUUCUGGUAUUCUUGAUCACAAAAUUCAAAGUAUUUGGCAAGCUAAAUGGACCAUUUGCAUUAUAGACUAAAUUUUGAUCUAGACAAAAUUUCAUCACAGCUUGAAAGAGCAUCACAAAAUUAGUAAUAUUUCAAAGUUUCAUUGCAAAAUGUUGUAAAAUGCAGAUAAUAUAGCCUUGUGAAAUUUGCAAUUUUCAGUCAUUUUGUAUUACAAAUGGAAAUUGAUGCCCCAACACCCGAUUGGGCUGUCAAUUUCCCGCAAUCCCGCAAUUUCCCGUAUCCAGCAAUAAGGAUAUUGGGGUUCUUCUCUUUGCAUCUUGAAGCAAUGGAGUUGUGAGCACCAAUCAUAGCAUUGGUAUUGUCUACACUUAGGCUAAUAGCAUUGUCCCAGGGGAUAGAAUCAGCGUCAAAUUUUUCAUGUAUGGCAUCAAAUAUCUCAUAAGCUUUUCCACAAGCCUCUCCCGAUGUUGUACAGAUAUAAAAAUGAUUAGUAACUUUUUUGGAACGUGUAAUAUCAAACAAUCGAAUUUUUAACAGUCCAUUAUCGUUGGAUCCAUUGGUACCCAAGCUGAAAGGAUGGGAUUUACAGUGCUUUGCAAGUGUUGUAUGGCAAUAUGGUCAUAUGGCAUAAUUAAGAAUAGCUGACGUCUGUGUUUGAGCGGAGGCAUACUGAGAGGCAAUUUUGCCAUCUGGAAAGAUAGCUUUAAAUAAGGGGUCAAGAUGAUCUGCUGUUGAAAUGGGAAGGUUGUGUUGAACUAAAAAGUUAGUGACCAUUACCUCUGCCUUUGUUGUUUUAUUUUCAGUGGACGAUUCUCCUUGCCCUCUCAGAAAACUGGUCAUUGACGUUUGUUCUUUAAAGCCUCUCACAUUUUUUUAUGGAUAUCUCUUUCACAAUGGAUUUUUACAUCUCUUAAACCUUCAUGGCAGCAAGAAAUGUUUUCACCACAAGGAAUGCAGUGAAUGUUGUUUUCUUGAAAGGAACUGCAUGAAUAGGAUAAUUCUGCGCCCAAGAAUAAUUGGCUGAUCCAUCACAUUUUUGCGUCUUUACCAACGGUUCAUUCUCAUCUGUACCAGAUUCAUGUUCAGGUACGCUGCUUGUUUGCUCGCCAUUUUGUUUUUAUAUUGUGGAUACGAGGUGAAUGAAUGGAUCUAACGACUUUUUUCCUUAGUUUAUCCAAUCCUAUCCCUUAAAGCGACUGAGGCUUUGGGGAUUCGAGUGGAUAAAUGUGCCUUACCCAUGGGCCAUGACUUGUGUACCAUACAUGUGUUUGUAAUAAUACAAAAUGGCGAUCGAAAAUCGUAAACUCAUAAAGCUGGUAAAUUCAAACUUUUAGACAAAUUUUUAGCCAUUUUGAAGGAAGAUAUAUUGUGUGUCUCAGAGCUCCGAGUAAAACGUCAAUUCUCGUCUGCCACAAGCUUAUAUACUAUACGAAUCUGAAGUAAAUUAAUCAAGAACUUUAACUACUUAUUGAGUCAUUUAAUUAUCUUUGUGCUUUGUUAAAUCAAUCGAAAUGUCCGCUAAACAAACCAAGAAAGACGGCGAUAUCAAAAAGCAAAUUUCUGAACUAAUACUAGGCGAUGGCGACAUCCUUAAAUGCAUUGCUGAAGCUGUAUCGUCCGCAAUUAUCGACACUAUGUGUGUGAACGAAAGCUUUAUUGCUAAAAUAGCUGAUAAGAUUUCUCAAAACGAAAAGCAUACAACUAAAAUAAAGCAAGAGCUUUACGAAAGUCUCUUGUUUGAUAAUACCGACCUUCGAGCAAAAAUCACUGAUUUGGAAAAUAAUUGCGCACAAUUAAAGAAAUCGUACGACAAUCUACAAAUGGCCCAUGACGACUUGGAACAAUAUGGGAGAAGGAAUUGCUUAAUUUUUCAUGGCGUUCCAGAACCACCAAAAGAUGUGACCGAAAAUACAGAUGCUGAAAUAAUUAAGAUAGUCAACGACAAACUUGGGAUGAAGAUUCAAGUGUCGGAUUUAGAUAGAUCUCACAGACUGAGAAGGAAGUCUCCGCAAAUAGCUAACUCAAGACCAAAGCCUAUUAUUGUAAAAUUUAGUCGUCACAAUACUAAAUCUGAAGUAUUCAGCCGAAAGCGUAAUCUAAACGCAUCCGGCAUCGGGAUAACAGAAAGUUUGACGAAGAAACGCCUUGAAUUGUACACAACAGUCUCGAAUCAUCCUGGGGAAAAGCAGCAUGGACAGCAGAUGGUAAAGUCAUUGCCCUACUCUCAGGUAGUCAAACUAAAGUUUUUCUUGAAAACCAUAAGGAUUUUACAAAGUUAUCUUCACUCAUUAAUUGACAGUGAAUCUGUUUUGAUUGAACGUUUUGAAACUUCAUAAGUCAUAAGUAAAAUAUACGUACAUAGUUGAUAUAAAUAAUUAUGGCUGAAUUUAUGCUCAUAAGAAUUUACCUUAUACUUUGAACAAACUCAGAUUUCGUAAUAUAUAUAUACCUAAAUGUCUUUUUUCUUGAUUGCUUGUGGCAGGGUAAAUUGUCGUGUUCGUUUCUUUUUAGUGCAGAGUUUCUUUGAAACUGUGCACUAUUGUGAUGAAUGGCGAAAAUUCACAUCUGUCAUACAUCAGAUAUCAUAGAGUAAACUUUCCGGGGGGGUGUAUACGAUUUAUCGUCGUGGUGAUUUAUUCUACUUAGUCAGUGCUUUGAAGGUUAUUUAGGCAAUUUCAGUUGUCUUAUUUAAAUACUUAUUUUGUCCUUUUGCCAAGUUCACAAACAUUUCCAGGAAUUGUUGUUAUUGCAAAUUUUUGUCAAUUUUAUAACAUUUGCUUCUCCGUGUUGUGUGAAAGAUCUUUCCCCCGGAACACCCAUUUUUUCUUUAGCAGCGCAAAUGCGCAUGUGCUAUCAAGCUGUAGAUCACGAUGGCGUGACGAAUGACGAUGCUAGGAAGGAGCGACACUGCCGAACAGUGUUGUUUUCAAAUUUAAUAUAAACAUUUUUAUAGAUGUGAAUAUCGAGUAAAUCUUUGAGAAUCUACGCAAUAUAUAAAUUGACGUUAUGACUUAUGCAUUAUGGGCAUUCAAUUAAGUACCGAUAUUAUUUUGACGGUAUAUUUAAUUUCAAUAUACAAAGCUAGGAAGCAGCGAGACAGUGUUGUUUUGUCUUUUGAAAUGUAUGAACAUUUCAGGCAUGAAUAUUGAGAAAAUCUUUGAGAUUCUACGCAAUAUAUAAAUUGAUUUUUUGCAUUACGGGCAUUCUAUUAAGUGCCGACGGCAUAUUCAUUAUACAGAGCUAGGAAGCAGCGAGACCGUGUUUUCAAAUGUAUAAACAUUUCAGACAUAAAUAUUGAGAAAAUCUUUGUUUACGUGUAUAGCACAACGGUGCAAACUCGUGUUCAGUGCAACGAAAACUCUACCAGAUCUUACGAGAAUCUAUCUGUAUCAAAGCUUGUCAAAACUGCUAUAUAAACACUGCAAUAACUGUGAAACUAUUGAAAUCUAAAGUUACAUUAUUGAAUACAUACGAAAAGCUGAAAAUGACUCAUGAAACAACAACGUGACCUUCGAAAUAUAUCAAAGGUCAAUGAGACUUGUUAUUGUGAACACGUCAUAAUUAGAUUAAAAUGCGGAAAGCGGAUGCGGAUUCACGGAACGGAUGUGGGGAUGAAAUGCUGUGCAUUUUAAUGAGUUUUUCGCCUCUUAUUUACUUUUCUGUGUUUUAGAUUUAUGUUCCUUUUUUGUAAUGGAAUACAACGUCGUAGUGCUUAUUAUUUAUAACAUAUCUUAUACAGCUAUUUUCUCAAAUUGUCACUGAGACAAAAGCCAAAGUGUACAAUAUGGGCGCUAAAAGGAUGGUGGGUAUAAUCACAGAUUUAAACAAGUCACCUAGGUUGCCGGCGACCCUAUAUAGUGUUGUUUUCAAUUGGAAACUUUACAACAUUAUAACAGAAAUUAUGCCUUGUGACUAAUAUUAUAUGAGGAAAUAAAUAAUAUUACAUAACUCUCGUCAUUCUUUAAUCUUAAAGUAUUAGAUUUAAACUAUAUCUUAGCCUUUUUACUGUUGUAACAGUCACGCGCGCUACUACU